AACAGUGUACGUGUGUACUUAUAAUUUAAAAAAAAAAGAGAGAAAUAAAAAUUAAAAUGAUAAGAUGACGUACAAGUUAUUCGAAUAAUAUAAUUAAAUGAAAAGAUGUACACAUUAUUAAAUGGCUUGUAUAAAUAUCUUGUACAAAAAGAUGAAUAUUUUAUAUUAAUUUUGGGACUUGAUAAUGCUGGAAAAACAACUUACCUAGAAGCGGCAAAAACAAAAUUUACAAAAAAUUACAAGGGAAUGAAUCCUAAUAAAAUAACAACAACUGUAGGACUCAAUAUUGGAAAAAUAGAUAUAGACGGAGUAAGCCUUAAUUUUUGGGAUCUUGGUGGACAAGAAGAGUUACAAUCAUUAUGGGAUAAAUAUUAUGCAGAAUCACAUGCAGUAAUUUAUAUUGUGGACUCUUCAGAUAGAGAGCGCAUUCCUGACUCCAAAGAAACUUUUGAUCGUGUGAUAUCUUCAGAACAUUUAACAGGAGUACCACUUCUAGUAUUAGCAAACAAACAAGACAUACUUGAUUCAAUGGGAAUACGUGAAGUAAAACCAAUAUUUAAUAAAAAUGCUCAUUUAAUCGGCCGGCGAGACUGUAUGGUUAUGCCAGUAUCAGCACUCAAAGGUGAUGGAGUUAACGAAGGAAUUAAUUGGCUUGUUGACUGUAUAAAAAGAAACAGUGAUGUUCGUCCGCCUCGUAAUCACGACGACAACGAUUUAUCUUAAAUCAAAGUUUUAUAUUUAAGAUAAAAUUUAGUUUCUUUUAAUAUUUGAAGUAUAUAUAUUUAUAUUUUUUUUUAAUUAAUGCAUAAAAAUCAUAGAUACAUUAGGCAUCUAAAUGUAUCAAACAUAUAAUUUAUAUAAAAAAUUGUCAAAUAAUUGGUGUAAUCUAUUAUUUAUCUUUUUAUAAAUAGAAUAAUAGUCAUUCCAGGUGAUCACAAAACUCAAAUAAAGGUAUCGUAAGCUGACGAUAUCAAUGCAUAAAAUGCGAUAAGAGAUAAGCAACCCAGCACUUUAACAUUUGAGUCUCUUAAAUUGUACGUUACAGAGGAACCUAUUCAGUGAAAGUUCUCAAAUUAUUUAAUAAGAUUUUUUUUUUUUAAUUAAUGUAAAUAAGCAUUUUUUU